AUGCCAGAACCCACGUCUCCAAAAAACGAUAACAUUGAAAUUGUGAUUGCACUGGGAAACUCACGACAAACAUAUCGUAUCCGCUCAUCAUUACGGUUUGAGCGGUUUUUCGAGGUUUAUCUGUCCCGACACCAAGAGCUGGCAGACCGAAACUUGACAUUUAGUUUUGAUGGCACAGUGCUAAGGGGCUCCGAUACUCCAGAAUCGAUUGGCAUUUAUAAUAAGGCGGUUAUUCAGGCCCAACCCAUGGGUGUCACCGGUUAA